AUGUUGUUCUGGCACUUGACUUUUCUUCUCGCGUUGCUAGCUAUACCUACAGAUGGCGCUACUGAUGCCAACAAACCGCAAGAAUUAGAAAUACUUUUAGACAUCACUGAUGCAGUAGGAGAACCAAAUACUUUGUUUGUACCCGACCUAAAGAGUUAUCUUAGAAGAGUUCAGAAAUUACGUUAUAGACCGCGUUGGAACGGGUAUACGCGACCAAAACCGCGACCUGGAACAGGAUUUAAACCUGGACGAAGACCUAAAAUGCCUCAAUUUCUAGAUAAAGAACUGAAUGACUUAGACUAUGUAAAGCUUACGAGUCAAAUAUUUGAUUUUUAA